CCCAUCUUCAACAAGAAGUAGUGGAGGUAAAUGUACCUAUAUUCAGAAACCUCAGCCCGUUCAACUCAAACCCCAAGCAAACCUACCCUACCAGCCUACCAGCCUACCAGCCUACUCACCUACACUCCAAUCGCAAUGGUGGUCUCAGCAUCUUUCCAAGUAAGUCAAUUUUUCGUCAUGACGUAUUCAUGAGAACACCCAACACUCCUUGCCAGCCGCAGGCGUCACCCACCACCCCCUCAACACUCCUUUUCCCGAGCAAUCCGUUGAUCCCGGUCAUGGACUGUCACGUGUAUCACUUCAAUUCUUACCACCUCCCAAUUCACAGACACUCUUUGCGGUGCCGAUGACCUGUGAAAGCUGUGUCCAAGAUAUCUCAGCAUCAUUGUUUAAAUUAAGUGGAAUUGAGAAAUUUGAAGCAAAUCUCAAGGACCAACUUGUGUCGAUCGAAGGAACAGGUUCGUACGACCUCAAGUGUUCUAAGAGGGAAGGAGGGACCCGUCAAAGCACAAGACUGACGUUUACGUGCAGCUGCGCCUUCAGCAAUUGUUGCAGCCAUCCAAGCGACUGGUCGAGACGCCAUCCUUAGAGGAUCAGGAGGUACCGAUGGUAAGCAUGGCCGCUGGAAUCUUCUUUACGAGAAAUGCUGAAGCGCAAAGGUGCGGCGGUUUGCAUUCUCGAGACGCAUUCUACGACAGUCGCCGACAAAGUUAAGGGAUUGGCACGUAUGGUACAAGUUUCUCCAACCUUGACAUUAGUUGACCUUACAAUCCGUGGUCUAUCACCCGGCACUUAUUGGGCCACGAUCAGAGAAACGGGAGAUAUAUCUCAGGGUGUUGUAUCAACGAGAGGUAUUUGGAUCGACCCUAGAGAAAACUCGCUUCGCCCACGAGGCUUCCUAGGGACGGUACAGGUAGGCAAGGAUGGGAUUGGAAGUGUCUUUCUCGACAAGCCUGUUCAGAUAUGGGAAAUGAUAGGUAGGGGAAUGAUUGUAUCAAAGCAACAUGAUGAGAGCACGAGCUUCAAAAAAAACGACGAGAAUACUUUGGUAGGCGUCAUUGCCAGGAGUGCAGGAGUGUGGGACAACAACAAGACGGUAUGCUCAUGUUCAGGGAAAACUUUGUGGGAAGAGCGGACAGACGAAGUGAAGAAGGGCAUGCUGUAGUCAUAUAUGGUACGACAAAGUGGGCUUCCAGCAAAGUUAUGGGGUGAUUUGUGGCGUGGCUACCAGCAGGCAAGGUUAUUUCGCGGUGAUGGCAAAAUGAGAAUGGCACCAUGGUACAGUAGCACCAACGAAAGGGGGAAUAGUAUGGAAGUGGAAGUGGAAGUGGAAGUGGAAGUGGAAGUGGAAGUGGAAGUGGAAGAACAAGAAAGCAAAGAUUGACCCAUUUCAGCCGAAUUUGCGACUCUGGCUCUUCGUGGCAGCUGUCAAACUUCCAAUUUUCAUGCAGGUGGGCACUCGUCGAGCAAGCCAUUGGCGAUCGAAUCGAACACAUGAAGAUCAGGCUUUUCGUAACUUCGUUAGUGAGAGAUGAAAGGCUACCCCCCACCUCCACCCGCACAAGCAGAGCAGUGGCAGGCGAGCCAAAGUUGAGACGAUAGUGCAACGCCGGUGUUCUGUGGAUCAGCCAGUUGAGCCGUCAUGCGAUGUAGAGUGACAUGGAGUGACUUCCAGGAUCGUGGACGCGGUACAAUUUAGUGGUCCUUACUUCAAAGUACGGAGUAAUUGUGGAUUGUUUUUACUUCUUGUACUUGUGGGUACAGGUACCGUACGGACUGAAUACUGGUAUCUCCGUAGGUAAAACCACUUGUCAGUGAUUCCUCUGCCAGCGACGUUCUCAAACGAGCGUGAGGCAAGCGAGUUUCGUCCAGCCUUAUCGAGCUUUCUCUGACGCACCAAGUGUUUUGCGCCACCUUCGAGCGGCAAGCCCAC